AUGGAUUUCCUACUCCCGAUUCUUGUUUUCCUCAUUUCUACUUCUAAUCAGCAGGCGACAGGACAAGGUGAGCACAUUUUCAAAGAAAACGUUCUGAAAAAAAUUAGUUUCAGACAUAUUAGCCCAAAACUCAUCAGUAAUCAGCGUGGAAACGUUAGAGAAGUAUCAAAAUGCCACAGAACUAUCAUAUCUCUAUGUAGUCCAACUAGGUAAGCAGAAAAUCGAUAAAUGUAAAAAAAAAAGUGUGUUUCAGAACUCAAAACAAUCCGAAUUGAAGAACCGUUCGGAGAAAUUGAAAAGCGGCUGGAUAAACUGGUCGAAAUGGCAUUCGUACUGGCUUCUUACAAGCACAGAAAACAGGCACCGCCCUCCGAGAUCACAACAAGCGAUUCGAGUUAUAAUACAAAGGUGAGAGGAAAAUUGGGACCAAAAAUGGGAGCAUUCAUGUGACUUUUCGGUUCUCGAAAUUGGUUCUGUUCUAAUUGGUCACAUUCACAUUCUUUUUGAGUUUUGGUCCCUUUUUUUAUAAUAAGAGCAGACGUUGAACGUUUAAUUGCAAACUGACGGAGCAGAUGAUCAAUGAGUUGAGAGAGAGAGAGAGAGAGAGUAAAAAAGGAAAUAGUGCAAUAGUAACUAGAUCUUCGAAUAAUUGAAAACCUGCAGGGGUGUCCACCAGACGCACUUUCUUCUCGUCCCGAAAAUAAGCCUUCCAAAGAGAGGAGAGUCUUUUUCACUCUGGACCCCCCUCUCCUCGACCCUCUAUGUUUAUACUCUCUGUUUUUGCCAUACCGGAAACUAUAGGAGAAGCAUUAUAAGGGAAAAACGACGGGCGAAACGGGGAAGGAAAAAGGGAAGGAGUCUGACUAUUCCUACUUGAAAAUUUCCACUAUAAUGUGCUUGUUUUUUGUUUUUGUUUUCUCGCCACGCCGUUGGUUUCGUCCAACUAACUGACAUCAGUCAGUGUCUGAUUUACGAGAGUCACCAGAAAAAGCACGAACACUGAUUCCAUUUUAUUUUCACUUGCAUUGUUUUUUGGGGAAGAAUCCGGAGAAGCACUUUCACCGAUAAAAUAUAGUUUGGUUUACGAGAAGAGGAUGCAAAAAUUUUGGAAAAAGGGAAGCGGGAAACUCUGCUCCCGCUAGUAUUGGCUAACAAUUCAAGUCUUAAUAGAGUAGUUUCGAUAAGGAAGGGAAAAAGAAACAAUUUGAAAAACAAUAGUUACAUUUGAAGGAAUGCGGACAAAUCACCAUAGAGUUUCGGGUUGUGUCCUUCCUUUUCGACCCGACCCCCCCCCCUCCUCGAAUUGGUAUAAAUAUUCCAGGCGAUGGAUGCGAAAAGAUAGAGAGUGUUUGAAACAGGCGCAAAAAUAAAUAAAGUGCAAAUGCGGCCACAGCGUGCGGACCUCUUUCUCUCUCUCCGAAACGACGAUGCUCUCCAAAAAACGCUUGACCCCUACUCCUAGGUUCUUUUUUUCGGAGUAGGAGCAGUCCAAGGUACACUAGGGAGAGCAGCACACACAUAUUCACAUUUUUGAGGGGCAUCAAUGGGUGGCGUUUCGCGGAAUGAGGAAGAAGAGCAAACGGCGGAGAGCGGCACAAGGAUCCGGCGUCCGGAAAUUAGUGUUAGGCCCCCACCGAGCCUUGACGCGGUUAGGGAGCACAAAAAGAGUAGUUGUGACCUACACCACCUUCCAUCUCACUUUAGAGAGUAGGGCGGGCGGGCGGGUGAGAAAAAACCCGGCCGACUUCCGAAAUGCAAUUUGGGCGAGCAUUUUGAAGCUUCUACCAGACACGCUGGGCCCACCGAGAGAAGAUAUAACUGGAAAAGUGACGAGUUGCAAAAUGUUUGUAUCCAUGUUAGUGUGCAUGUGAGCAUGCUGCUUAGUCCGGGUGCUCCGUAGUAUAUUUGCACAUUACGGAUGGGUGGGGGGGGGGACCACGACGGGCAAGGGUGGGGAAGAUGGUCUUCACUUUUUUGAACUUGAUGAAUUCAAAAUUAUGACUCGUGGGAUUAAGAAAGAAUGUCGUCAAAUGAUGAGAAACGGAACUUGAAUGGAAUUGUCCUAAAGUUGCACUUUUAUACUUUGUUCAGCACUGAUUCAUCAAAAAACUUCAACAUCAUUCAUUUUAUAGCAAAUUUCUGCACCAACUCACGAAAAUUCCAGGAAUACUUGGCUGGUUAGAAUAUUUAUGAAUCCGGAAAAAGGUCAUCAGUUACCGAUUUAGAAUUUAUUUUUGGUGGUUCUUGAUAUCCCUUUUUAGUCAAUUUUGGUCAUUCUUUGCAUAGUUCAUUGCGUGUGCAAUAAUUCAAUUAGCUUUUAGGUCACAAACUUUUGUGGUCUGGAUAGGAACGAGAGACGCAGGUAGAGAAAGAAUGUAAUUAUAGCUUACACAGGGAUAAGAAAAUGGAGGGGGAGAUGUUGGAUUCCAGAAAAAAAGAGGGGGACUAGAUUAGUCCAGCGAGUCAGUCAGAAACCAAUGAAGAAAAUUUGUAAGACGCGCUUUUUGUUUGCGUGGCAAGCCACCACCCAAAAAGUCUCUUUUCUUGCCGCCACCCAAGUCGCGCACUCAUUUCGAAGCUCAUAACUCUACAACUACUACAACAGACAGACAGAGAGAGAGAGAGGGAAAGAGGGAGAAGCGGUGGCCGUGGCCUAGAAAAAGUUGUCCCCUUUAGAGAAGACGUUUCUCGGACCACGACCCUCUCCUCUUCGCCCAUCCACCACCACCACCACCACCAAACGGACACCCUCUUUUCUCCCCGUCGUUGCGUUUCGUGCUCUCGCCUUCUUUUCGGGGGGCCUUUAAUCGAUGUCUUGGAGUUACAUUCUUUCCUCCUUUGGCGAGGCUCAACCAAACAUACAAAUCGAAAACGCGUGCCGAGACAUGCCCCCCCCCCCUUCGAAGCUCUCGCCUCCCACCCGAUAUUUCGGAAAUACUUCGGAGAAAGAGACCGAGACAGACAAAAUGCACAUUCAAAGAAUAUUGGGUCGGUUGGUCGGAGGCGGCGACGACGACGGCGUUUCUGGUUUCUUGUGGUUCAGUGCUCUUCAGGAUUUCGUUUUUCCUUCGAAAUGACAUCAUUCCCCGGGUUUUAAGUUGUAAUUAUCUGCCAACUUCUUAGGAUUUCGAAAUUUCCGUUAAAGCUUGUGGUUCUCUGCGGUGUACAUGAAUUCAUCCGAGAAAGUAUGAAACCCAUCAAACUUUAAGAGUGUUGCACAAUGCAGAAUAAUACAUGAUGAUCAAAGGAAGAAAAUUAAAAAGUAGCCGCUAGUAUCCUUUGAAAAUGUGAAGUGAAAAUAAAAAACGUAGUGUGGAUGAAAAGUUUUUCAGGGGCAAAAAGAGUAAGAGUCACUUUCUAAGGCAGUCGGCACACAAAGAGAAGUUGAAGUAGUGUCCACUCCUCUUUUUUGUGAAAAGAAAACAAUCGUUCGGGCAGUAGCCAGGUUUUUCAGCACAACAUCAACAACAAUAACGAUUCGAAGGGGGAGAAAGGCAACACGAACAAAGUUCUCCGUCUGCUCCUUUUUUGAUGUGAACUGGAAAAUUUUCUUAGUAGUUUUCGAACACAGGGUCCAACUAUUGUUGCCGGAACGGGGCACGGAACAGAAUGGGAGGCGUUCCAGGGAAAAACAAUUGCAUAUAAUGAAAAAACCAUUAAAACUUCAACGAGAUCGAUGAAAAUGGGAAAUUCUGAGAAAAAUUGGACUAUGGGGAGAGGGAUUACGUAGAAAAGUGGCUUGGUGGUGUGGUACACAUACAUGUAAUUAGGUUUGUAACCGGUAACUAUAUUUGUCUGAUUGAUUGACGACAUUCUUCUGAUUUUAGAUUUUUAACAACAUUCAAUACAUUUUCAGAUCACGAAAAAACGAGCUAAUGGAGAGCUGACCUACAUCCAUUUUGUCACAUUCGCUGGCAACGAACCUGUACUUGGAGAGGUAGUUCCAUGACGAUUUUUAGAGCAGGCAUAGUAUUUUGGUUUUGCAGGUUGUUGCCGAUGAUAUGACACUUCUCAGCGUUUCCCAAAUUUCCGCCAUUCUUCGCUAUCCGUUAGCAAGAAUAGUUUGUAAGUUAAUAAUGGGAUUUGAUUUUGAUCAAAAUAAACUUCUAUUGUCAUGAAAUGUUUUUUGCAGCUGAUCGAGAUAUUGAAGGUGAAAGUGCAACGAAAUGGUGGUUUUUAGUUGGAGUUAUCGGAACUGGGGUCAUUAUCAUUAUGAUUGGAUGGUUCUGUCUGUUUCUGUUCUAUAAUACAUGUGGAUACAUGUACGGAGCUGAGGAUGGAGAGUUUUUGACCAGUACUCAACGCAUCAAGACUCAAAGAUCGCUAAUGUUCCUGAGUCCGGAGCCCAGUCAAUGUGAACUGUGAGUUUUAUACUUUCACGUUUCAAAAAACUUUGGUUAUCAAGACAAACUAACCGCAGUAGUGCGUUUCGGUUGAUUGCGAAUACGAUAGUGUCGAUCGUGAUGCAACCAAAAUUCCAUACGACUAACUGUUCACUUCAGAGGUGCCGAGCAGCCAAUCGGAGUCCCAUCUGACGGUUCGAAUCGAAGCGUGGUCACCAACAAACCAAAGCUGAACAAUAGUGAGUUCGAUGAAUGGAUGAAGGAGGGUGCAAAAAGAAAAGAAACACGGAGAAUAAGAAAAGAAGAGGGCAUAGUUCUACUUGGCACCCGUCACAUCUCAUUACAACUCGUUUUGCACUGCCAAUAACGUCAUAGUGCACUCUUGGGAAAGCGUUCUGCGAGGAGCGCCGAGCCACGGACCAAACAAAGAAAACAUUAGAGAGACUCUUGAACACGAAAGGGUGCUUCUCCCGUCUUCCAAGUGACUAAAAAAUAAAAUAAAAUGUCAGCGGCGAUCACCAUCAAAGAUUUGUAACUGAAGUGGAAGUGAAAGAGAGAGGGUGUCUAGCCAGAAAAUUUCGUUCAUCCCUGCCUACUGGAAAUACUAAUAAACUCACUUGCAAAGUGCUUCAGGGCAAAAGAGUAAUUUAAUAGUUGGGCUGGAUGACGGUGACGAGUAUUUGAGUUGCGUUUCAAAAAGUACCACAAGAAAUAUUUGGAAUUGGAUUGAGACGAUUGGUGGCAAAAAUUAAUUAAACUUUUAUGAUGUUUACCGUCAACCUGAAGAUGUCCAAGCGCUUUUGAGACUUGUCAAGUGAGAGAAUUCGAAAAUUCGAAACAUGUAUAGUAUAGUGCGAGAAAGUUGUGUUCCUUGAGAAAAAAGAAAUGAAAACUAGCAGUUAGUUUUUUGGCGGUGCUGAAUAAGUGUGAGAAAAUGGAGAAGUCGCGGAAAAAUUGGCACGCACCACACAUAUAGACACACUUUUGAAAAAGGAGCGGACAUACGGAAGGCCUUUCUUUGCGGGGAGAGAUGCGCAUAGUUCUGUUUUUUUUUGUGUUGAAAAAUGACUGAAACGCAUGAAGAAGGAUGUACGCCAAACACGAAAAUUGGGAUACCACCGGGGCCCGAGGAAGUGCCGCACGCCCAAUUAAUCGCUUUUCACGGUUUCUGUCGAAAUUGCAGAAUGGCAUGACAAAAGAGCAUUUUGCAAAAAAGUUCCCGCCCUGGGAUAGGGCAGAAAAAGAGAAAACUAGACGGAAAAUGAAAAUGACUGCCCGACGUUUUCCUGAUGAAUGUGAGAAAUCGGUAGUGUUUCCGCAGGAAGUUUCCAACUUUUCAAUGGGCUCGUGGUGGAGAAGGUCCAGACCAGACCCUUGCUUGGAAAUUUCAAAUUUUUGAUUCCGGUUUCAAUUCAACCCCCCCCCCCCUUGCGAAAAGAUAUGUUACUCAAAAGAGUUCUGAUUUUAUCAGUAAAAUUAUCAGAAUUUCGGAGUCACAUUCAAAACUUCAAAACUUCUAAGGUCCAGGCACAGCCUUUUGAUUAGUCUAGACGGAUCCAAACUAGAAAUUAACAUUAUUCUUAGACUAUUUUCCCAUAUUUUACGAUUAAAUAAGCCAAGAAGACGAAAAAAAGAAGAAAAGAAGAAAACAAGUUAAUUGUUUUUGAUAUGAAACUGAAACGAGAAAAAAAAUAAUUCGUUCGUCCAAGUCGUUCCGGAACAGAUCAAAAGCGUUCGGCCGUUCGGCCGUGCCUAUGAGUUAUCUCUUCUUUUUGUUUUCUCUUCCGCUCCACACAUCUCUUUUUUGCUGUCCGCAUCAUUUUUCAAAGCAAUCAGUCAAAAUAAAGACAAGCUUUUUAAAGAGAGAGAGAGAGAGAGAGAGAGAGAGAGAGAGGGAAAGUGAGCGUUUUCCAAUUUCCUCCCCAGCUCCUUUUUCUCCCCAUCAAACGCUAAGCUUCGGCAGUAUGUGUGUCGCUCUAAGACACGACUUUAAUUGACUAUAUAAGAUGGACGUGAUCGUGAAGUGUAUGUGUGCGUGUACAUUCAUAGCAAAAACUUCACUCGCAACUUGUUUUCCUUUAUUUUUGGUGAAGAAACUUGGAAGGACUGAGCAAUUUUGGCUAUGUGGUCUCGGAUAAAAAUGCUUUUGUAUCAAGCAUAAAACCGACAGAAAAGCAAUAAGAAAUGAGAAAAAGAAGAAAGGAAUUGGUUAUUGAGAUGAUGAUGGCCGCAAGGAUCCUUCAUUUUAAAUUUAUACGAUGUAAAUUAAAACCUCUAAACCCGGUCUCGUCUGGGCCCACACAGUCGACGACAGGCCGGCCGUCCAAAUCUGAGAAAGCUAUUCAUCACGGCGACCUUGCAAUUAGCACAUAAAUAAUGUUGGCAACGAGCUUUGUCCGUUUAAUUUCGCAAUUUGCCACUCGACGCCUUUGGCAGCGAAAAUUGGCAUAUAGAAAAGGGGGAAUAGAAAUGCAUUUUCUUUUCUUGGCGAGUUUCAAAGCAACCGUGCCGCCGUCUCGAAGAUGUUUUUGCGAGCCGUCUUGACACUAAACGUUUUCAAAACGCACCAAGAAAUCGUAAAAUGAAAAAUGAACUCCAGGGGGUCUCUAUUUUUUGGGACUGAAAACUGAAAACAACACUUUUUCCUCUUCUGACAAUGCUUCUCCUCAUCGCCACUUUCGGCUCGGGCACCGCCAUCCGCUUUCGUUUCCUUUCUCUUUCUUUUCUUCUGCAAAACGGCCUCACAGGUUACUCCCUUUUGUUUUGGAUGCGAUGCCACCCACCGCAUGCUUAAACGUGCUUACAGAAGUGAGUGUGAAAAAUGAGAUGAGGCGUUGAAGUUUUUCGGGUGAGUAAUGAGGAAAUAUCAGUGUGGAUAGCAUGUGGCAAAAGCGUUCGUUCCAUCAUUCUGGUGAACAGAAAAGAAAGCAACUCCUCAGGGAAACUCCUGACAUAUUCAUUGUUCAGAUCCAUCAUGGGCUCUUUUUCUCCCCCAAAACUAUGUGCACUUCAUGAUGAUGUUGUCGAACAAACAGUGACCGGGGCCAUAUCUCUAGGGGAAAACCAAAUGAAAAAUGAGUAGCACCUUUCAUUUCAGAAAAAGCUCCCCGAGGGUUUCGAACGCUUUCCGAACUAGAUGGACCAGAACCGAAUUCAAGUCAAGACAUCAGAAAAGCGAUUCGAGAUGCGUUCCGAGAAGAGACAACGGUAUCAGCAUUCAGGCCAACAAAUGAUACGGAAAACAUGGACGUUGAGAAGGCAAAAAGGGUUGUGAGAAGUGAGAAAAGAAGACGACACACCAAGAUUGGACCCAUUACCACCACAACUCUUGCGACGAAUGAGCAAAAAGAGAAGGAAACAUCGGAAAUUAGUGGAGCGAGCAGUGUAGAAACCACGUCAAUACCGGACUACGACGAGUUUGAUCCUUCCAAUCUGCCAGAGACAACCUUGAAAAUAACAAAGGUUCACUAUUUUAGAAUCGUCCACCGAUAUUUACGUGAAUUUUGUUUAGGAGUAGUCUAAAAAACCGAAAAUGUCAUGUGAACCCCCUCUAUUUUGAUUAAAUCCAGUUCACUUUUGAAAAUUGCAACUUCCGCUUGACCAAAAUAACAAUACAUAAACUUUACAGAAAGGCAAAAUGCAAACAGAGGUGGAAGUUAGAAGUGAACCCGAGUCGGAUUACGGUAGCAGUUUGGACGAUGAAAAGUCGAAACCAGACGAAGACGAGGAACGGAGUAAAGCGAGGCGAGAAGAGCACGAAGAUGUUCGUACGAGGCCAAUGACUGCGAAAAGGCAGCGGACUUCUUUGUUUGGAGGUGAGCACCACCCAAUCCGUUUGCAUGAAGAAAUCACACGAGAGUAUCUCUCUGACAUCUGCUAUUCUGAGAAGUUUGUCGUGUCAUUCCAAGUGUCUUCUUCUUCUUCCUCUUUCCUUUUCUUUUUCGUAUUUUUCAUUCUAACGUGAAAGAUCGGCGCUCUGGCCUUUUCAACCUUCUCAAAUCUUGCAGGCGUUCUCUGGCGGCAUUUUCUGCGUUUCCCCUUUUGUGUUUUGAUUUACGAUAGUGAUAUGGUUGGGACGGAAUUAGUACCGCAAAAUAGAAAAAAACCACGUAAAUCACUCUACUUCUCCCGAUUUUUUCUGACAUGACCGCUUAUAGAACAGUAAUCUUCGAACACCGACAGAAAGGCAGUAGGGAUAUCUUACAAACCAACGUUAACUUUUUGUUUUCAGGGAGCGGAGUGUCACCUCUUCCAGUUCAGCCAAGGGCCUGGACGGUAUACUCGGCCGGAGACAGAGUGGAAGCGUUUUGGAACAAUGUAUGAGAAACUAUAAAAAGGAAACCACAUUUAUUUUUAGAAAACCAUGCACAAUCAUCCAAUGCCUUCAUCGCCCAGCGAAAGCGGAGUUGUCGAGAUCAAGUCAUCCAAUAGUUUUAGGUUUUGAUUGAAAAAUGUGUCGUUCUAUUUCUCUGCCGUUUAUCGCCCGGUUUUCCAUCUGUUCCGAACAAACACAGUCACAUUAUCUUAGAAAAUCACUCUCAAACUUGAAAAUGGCUACUUGGAUUAGUCAUUCUUUAAAAAUAAAGUGUUCAGUACGAUUUCCAGUUGCAAAAACGAUGCUUUUCAAAAAACCAAUCUCAUACGCCACAGAGAAACGCGCACAGACGGUCAUCCUCUUUCUCUGUGCACUCCUCGCCUCACACACUCUCUCGCUUGCUGACAUAAACAACACUCCGGCAGUACGCUUACAGAACAUUCCAGAUGUACGUUCGUGUUUUUGACCAACCGGACGGCGCAAUACGAUCAUUCGACGUGUCCUCUCACUAGUCAGACCGAGAGUCAUUCGUGUCGUUUGUCACCGUCGUGGACGGUCGUUAUUCUCUGUGCUCACUUAUUGCCCAACGCCUUUCUGUUUUCUCAUUUCAUUCUGCUGCUUAUCAUUACGUCAAUAUUUUAUCAUUUAGGACGCUGCAGCGAUCGAGGCCUCGGAGUUACAAGGCCGGGGCCCACCGCCAUCUCCAAACUUGUUGGAGGAAGUUGAUGCGGUAGCCAAAUGAAUAUUUCCAGGUUCUUUAAUAAUUGUGGUUUUUCAGAUGAUGUUUAUCAUCAUCAAGUCGACCCGCCCAUACAAGACCAGGAGAUGGCCGCUGCAGCAACUUAUAGGGGCCUGGGAAACAGAAGUGCCCGCGCCCCGCCACCACCAUCAAAACGUGUGGUCAGCAGUCGGCGGACAUGGACGGGGUAAUCAUCGUCAUCUUCCGGACUCUUCAAUAACUUUUGUUUUCCAGAAGACGUCAUAUAACGACGGAGUCCCCUCCACCCGCCACAACCGAUCACCCUGCACCGGACAGAACCACCUGGCCAUCUUAAGGAGCCUCGGAACGACCAGUGCCGGGGCCCCACCACGACCACCAUCAAAACGUGUGGUCAGCAGUCGGCGGACAUGGACGGGGUAAUCAUCGUCAUCUUCCGGACUCUUCAAUAACUUUUGUUUUCCAGAAGACGUCAUAUAACGACGGAGUCCCGUCCACCCGCCACAACCGAUCACCCUGCACCGGACGGAACCACCUGGUCAUCUUAAUGAACCUAGGAACGACCAGUGCCGGAGCCCCACCACCACCACCCGGAACUCAAUGA